GCGGGUGGGAAGCAAUAAGGUCUUAGCACAGGAUGGCAGCUCAACAUCUUUAUAAUAAUGAGAUUAAUUCGUAGAAAGAUAGCGAUAAUUGUAGUUUUGGCGUAUGUGGUGUUUUCAUUGUACGCUGCAUACAAUGUGUUUUUCAAUAAGAAGGUUAUUACUCGCGUGCACAGGGUGGUGAAAAAGGGAUCUGCACCUGCAGAUCAUCCCAGAGCAGAGGAGGAAGAAUGGAACCCGUGGGAGGAGGACGAGCGUGCAGACUCCAUCUCUGUCCUGCAGAAACGGAGAGAGGCUUUUAGUUCGUAUCAGGAGCGCAUUGCAAAAAGCAGACCCAAAAGAUAUAAAGUUCAAAUCUGGGGAAAAGCAGCUAUAGGACUUUACUUGUGGGAACACAUUUUAGAGGGACCUUUAAACCCCACGGAUAAGACGGGUCAGUGGAGGGAAGGAGAGAUUCAGUCGGGGAAGAUCAAUUUCAGUUUCUACACAGGUCCAGCAGUGGUGCAGGGUCACAUCCCUCUGGACACGGACAGCGUGGUGCUGGUGUUGAAUGGUCGCGAACAACAGAAGAUCUCCUAUUCUGUCCAGUGGCUACAGCACGUGCAGACUCUAGUGCAGGCUCACACCCUCUCCAAAGUGGCUGUGGUCUUACUGGGCAGUGAGCAGUGCACUAAUGAGUGGAUCAACCCCUAUCUGAAGAGAUCUGGAGGCUUCGUGGAUCUGCUGUUCCUUGUUUAUGACAGUCCCUGGGUGAACGACAAGGACGUCUUCCAGUGGCCUCUUGGCGUAGCCACGUAUAGACACUUCCCAGUUGUAACACCCAAUACACAGAUGGUAAGCUCUGUGCGACCGUACGUCUGCAACUUCCUCGGCACGGUCUACAAGAACUCCUCCCGGGAAAGUCUCAUGGGCAUCUUAAAGCAGAACGGCUUGGAGAAACAAUGUCUCACGAAUGCUCGGGAGAAGUGGCUUCCUCAGGAGACGGCAGAGACCUCCAGGCAGUACCAGAUGGCUCUGGCUCAGAGCGACUUGACCCUAUGCCCAGUUGGAGUAAACACCGAGUGCUACCGCCUCUACGAAGCCUGCGCCUAUGGCUCUGUGCCCGUUGUGGAGGACGUCCUGACUACGGGAGCCUGUGCCAAUGGCCGAAGCUCUCCUCUUCGGCUGCUCAAAGAUGCAGGGGCGCCCUUCAUCUUCCUCAAGGACUGGAAGGAGUUGCCAGCCAUCCUGGAGAAGGAGAGGGUGAUGACGCAGGCCGAGAAGACCGAGAGGAGAAUGAGGCUGCUGGAGUGGUACACUGGAUUCCGUCAGCAGAUGAAGGACAAAUUCACGGAAGUGCUGGAGGAGUCAUUUUUUAAACUGAACUAGGAAGCGAUACCUGAUCAAAUUCAGAGCAGAACUACUGUAUGUUAGCCGAUGAUUAAACUUAACAUGUUGGGGGUAAACUUCUGUAACUGUUCAUUCAAUGCACCAAUCCAGUUUCUGUACAAUAUCAGUCUCAAAGCACUUAAACAUUUCUUCAUAAUGAUCAGAUAAUAACAUAUUUACUGUAACUCGAGCUCUUCAAGACUUAUGUGAAAUCUCACAAGCAUGAUAUUAUCAAGCAUGAAGACAUUUACAUUAUUUGUGUUUUAUCCUUCAACAGUAUUGGCUUACUACACUUUGUUGGAAAGGUUCAUCCCUAAUUGCAAACCACUACUUGUUUACAAGACCUUAUUUAUUGUAUUUUUUUAUGUUAACUUGUCUUUGCCCUCGAAUUUCAGUAAAAUUCAUCUUUUGCCUCAUUGGCUGCUGGGAAAUUGCAUGCAUUAUGUUUAUUUUUACCCUUAAAUUGUAUUUUUAUGGUACUUUAUGGUUUUGGUUGACAUUGUGUUUUCUGUAACGUAUUCAUCAUUUGACUCACCUCAGUGCAAUAGAAUUAAAAGAAUGUAACCUUUAAUUAAA